AUGGCACAGGCAACACCAACACCGGAAAUGAAGUCGGAAUGUAACAACGAAGGGCUAAUAUUUUUUGUUUUUGGUAGAAAUAAUUCCGUGGUAGACACACAACUCGAUGAAGAGUGUGCAUACGCGGCACCGUCGGCAACUCCUCCGCUGCAAGUAUCCCCGAGGGAAAACAGUAACAACGAACAGAUCAUAGAUUUAACUACGGAUACAACUCCUACGGAUCCUCUGGCGCCAACAACUUCGCCGGAAACGGAAGCGGCUCCUGCGGUCACGCGAGAAAACGAUGACGGACUGCCAAAAAGAGGACGUUGGCACGCUCUGACGCAGACGCCGGACGCAUCGGCCAAGUCCCUUUCGGGAAAGAGACGGAUAGAGGGAGAUCAAGGCAAGAUCCCUAUCGAGAGUUCAGCUGCGAAGCGGAGGAGGAUACCUCGGGCAGAGGAUGAGGAUCAGUUUAAAGCGGCAUGUGCAAAGUUGUUGCCACGUGACUCCGCUCUGCUGGUCUCGGCGUGCAUCAGCGCCCGCGAGAGACGCAAGACUCGGAAGGAUUUCAAGGACAGGCAGCUCGCGCUCCAGCUGUUCCUCAUGGCACCAAGCGCGUACGAAUUUUACCGGCCGCUCUGCCAGCUGCCGACCGUGCGUCGGUUGCAGAAGCACAUCCGCGACUGGGACGUGCAGCCUGGACUGAACGACAACGUGAUGAACGCGUUGCGCUCGAAGCUGAAGUCGCUGCCGCCGAUGAAGAGACGCUGCUGCCUGUGCGCCAGCGAGAUGCGGCUGCGGCCUCACCUCUUCUACAACCUGUCGCGCGACAGGAUCGUCGGAUUCUACAACACCGGCACGGAGAAGCGCCGCUCGCUCGCCAGGAAAGCGUUGGUGCUGGUGGCACGCAGCUUGGCCGGCGACUGGGAGCAACCGGUCGCUUACUACUUCCAGGACGGCGUGUCUCACGCCGGCGUCGUGAGGAAUUUGAUCCUCCAAGCGAUAGCUGCACUGCGGGGCAUCGGCGCAAAUGUGCACGCCCUGGUUACCAGCACGGCUCCGACAUUUCUACGACUGUCACGGGAAUUGGGGAUCUCCACGGAGCGCCCGUCCUUCCCGGUGAACGACGAGAGCGUGUUCUACAUCUUCGACGUUCCGCGUCUGAUGAGAACGACCAGGAACGUUUUUACGCGCCACCAGCUGCGCUUUCGCGACCAGAAGGCCUCGUGGAAGGACGUCGAGCUGUUCUUCAGACGCGACAGUCAGAUGCGGCUGCCGCUGGUGCCAGAACUCGCCACGAGCUACUUCCAGCCCGGCAAAACCAGCCGGAAAACGAAGACCGAGUAUGCCGUUCGGGUGCUCGGCAGCAACGUAGCGGCGGGUCUGAGCGCCCACGUUGCGUCCGGCGUGCUGCCGUUGACAGCGAUCGGAACGAUGGAGUUCGUGCUGUACUUCAGUCGGCUGUACGAUCUUCUAAGCUCCCGCGAGUCGGCGAGGACCAAUACCAAAGAAUUCGGUCAGGCUUUCACGGGAAGCACGCACGAGAUCUGCUUCUUGCAGCGCGCGCUCGAGUUUUUGCGAUCGAUCCAGGUGAUCGACGCGACUGGCGCGUGUGUGAGAUCGAUCAAGUGCUUCGAUCGCUGGCAGAUCACGGUCAACGCCGUGAUCCAGCUGUGGGACACGUUGAAGGAGCACCUACCGGCCUUGCGCACGGCGAGGCUGAGCCAGGAGGGCAUCGAGCGCGUCUUUUGCUCCAUCAGGCGGCAGAGUGGGAAUCGCGCUCGGCUCACGCCCAUCCUGUUCACUCGUGCGUUCAAGAACCUCAUUGGCGAGCACCUCGCCGAGCGCUCGGGCGAGGAUGAUUCCGUGGCGAGUGCGCGGAGGAUGCUGAAGCGAAUAGCGUCAUCGUCAUCGUCUCCCUCGCUCCUCCCCAAGGCCAACGAGGCUUCAGCCGUCGCACCCCGGGUAGCCCUGGACGUCGGGGCGACGAGCCAUCGCGACAUCGAUCUGCAGAGUCUGUACGAGAGAAACGCGUUCAGGCGCGUGUGCGACUUCCUGCUGAGCGAGUGCUUGCGUGCGCACGCCGGCUGCAGCGUGUGCGCUGCCUGCGCCACCAGGGAAACCAUCAACGAUUCGAUCGCCAAGAACGCGUCGAACGCCUCCUUCAGCCUGUUCAUUUCAGGCCUGGAGGACGUGUUCAUGCGCAACUUCGAGCAGCUCUCGAACGAGGAAGGCGUGGGCUCGCGGAUGCUGCGGCUCGCGCAGCAGAUCGAGUACCGACCGCCCUGUCCAGACUUCCCGGUCGAUCUGCUGAUCAAGCUGUUCCUACGCAUGCGAAUAUACUUCACGUUGUUGCGGCACAAUAAGAUCUGCAGGGACGUGGAGACGCGCGACUCCCUGAACGUGGUGCAGUUGUGAGUUGCCCGCGUCACGCCUACGUUCGUUUCUCAUUAUUUAUUGUAUUUUUAAUGAGGCAUCUUCGUUUUUUUUAUUACAAUUUCUAUUUCCUCUAUGUCAAUUACCGUUUUAUAUCACGCAGGAGAGAUUUUAUUUCUUAAUACGACGUUACGUAGCGUUUGAUCGCGUGAGUUCAAUGGUCCGCGCUGAGUAAUCAGCCGAGUUCCGCAAAUUUCAUGCCUGGCAUUCGUGGAAAAGUGUUUUCGCUCGUGCUAAAUGCAAAUCUGCUGAGAAUAGAUCGAAAUUCACGAGUGUACUCUUAGUCGUAAUUUCACGACAGUAUUUUUAUCAUCUGCGGAAUAUUCUUGAUUAAUUUAAUGUUCGAUUCAAUACUCAUCAUCGAGUAUUUAAAAUGUGUAAGACGUGAUUACAUUUUGUUUACUUUAGCAUUCUUUUUAAGAGAAAACUUUUUGUUGAAUGCUCUAGAUUAAACGUGAUCAGAAAAUUUAUUUUGAACAGACGAAGCAUGUGUGUAACUUACGAUAUUAAAAAUUCGCAAUACCAUUAUAAUUAUAUUAUAAUUUUAUGCCUGCAACGGGAUAUCCAAGUACAGAUAGCGCAGAUUAUUAAGGGGGGAGCCUGCUUUAGAACGCUGAAAA